AUGCCCACGUCUCAAAAGCCUUCAUCUCUGCCUCCGAAUGACACCCGCCCCUGGCCGGCUCCUGGUGUGCAGAUGGACAACGCCCGCGUAUUCCUCACAGAAUGUGCGCGCUCUCGCGCCCGCACGCUCCUCCUCCCCGACAAAGACGCCGACGGGCUCUGCAGCGCCCUCAUCGUCCACCACACCCUCAUCCAACUCGGCGCCGCCCCCGCCUCGCUCGCCGUUCAUUUCCCCGCCAAAGGCUCGAACAUCCACGCGGCCGCCUCCCGCGCCGCGAUCGCCGCCUCCCGCGCGCGCUUCGUGAUCGCCACCGACCAGGGCAGCCGCGGCGGGCCCGCUAUCGCACCGGACCCCGCAGUGCGCACGCUCGUGCUCGACCACCACUGGAGCGAGGGGUUUCCCGACGGCGCAGUGGUAUGCUCGAGCGCGGCGUGCCCCCCGGUCGCGACGAGCGCGACGCUCGCGUUCGAGGUCUGCCAGCCACUCCUGGACGAUACUCGGAGGAUGGGGCAGGGGAACGCUGCCGCGAUGGACGUGAGGGUGGUGCAGGAGCGGCUUGAGUGGUUGUGCGCGAUAGGCACGAUGGGCGACCUCGGGACCAGCUUCAAGUGGACGCCGCCGUUCCCGGACGUGCGCGAGUGCCUGCGGCGGUGGACGAAGAAGACGCUCGGUGAGGCGGUCGCGCUGGUCAACGCGCCACGCAGGAGCGCGGAGUACGACGUCGAGACCGCGUGGCGCGCGCUGCUCCACUGCACCUCGCCGAAGGACCUCGUCUCGCCUCGGACGGGCGGGGACGUGGUGCGGCUGUUCGAGGCGCGUGAGGCGGUGGCGGCGGAGACGGCGCGCUGUUCCCGCAGCCCACCCGCGUUCUCGGGAGACGGCCGCGUCGCGCUCGUGCGCGUAUCGAGCGGGGCGCAGAUACACCCGCUCAUCGCGACGCGGUGGGCCGGCUCGCUCAAGGGCCCACGGUUAGAGAUCGUCAUGUGUGCCAACGACGGCUACACCCCCGGCAUGACGAACUUCUCCUGUCGGAUCGCGAAGAACCGCAGAGGAGGCGGGGGUGCCGACAACCCUGAGGUCGACAUCAUCGGCGCAUUGAAGGAGUACGCCGCGCGCGUCCCAGGACUGCGCGAAGCGAUGGGCGACAACUUUGCGCGGGGGCACAAGGAGGCGAGCGGUGGGAUCGUGCGUACCGAGCAGUUUGAAAAGCUGUGGGACGUCAUGGCGGGUGCGGAGCGCGAAGGAGACGAGCCGGCGCGGAAGAAGCGGAAGGGGACAAAGGGGCAGCCGGUGCAGAAGAACACGUUGGAGGGCUGGCUGAAGGCGGUGUAG